UUUCUGAUCAGUAGCCUGGAUAAGAACAUGGCCUUGAAAUAUCUUUGCAAUCACUUAAUUUGAUUCAUGAACCAACGGUAUAGCUUCUGAAACCAAAGCCACUUGGACAUCUCGCCCUUGUACCAUCCAUCUUUCGUUUCCUGAGCCUUUACGAGACAUUUGAGGACACCAACCCUUCACAUCUAAGAAAGAAAUGACGUGAUAUAGAUCUCGUUAGCAUGCAUGGCCUAUAACGCUUCAACUCCACUAUCAAAACACGGUUCCUAUGGCAAUCCAUUUUGAAGGUUAGUCAGUUAGUUGCAUGCCUACUUCCUAGCGUUCCACGUUAUACCAGCUCAUACCAAGAGUGUUCCACACCAUCGUAGCGGCUUGUGUUCCGUCUUGCCCGGGCUGAGUCGCUUUCCAUAACACGGCCACAGCUGACGAUGGUAUCGAUCGAUGAUAGCCUUUGCUUUGGCCAGGGCUAAAAGAGUUCUCCAUCGAAGUGUCCAUUAGUAGCGCUCUUCAAUCCAAGAAACUGACAUCAUGAUCUCAGAAGAAAAUGACGAGAACAAAACUCCUGUAGAGUUCCAUUACAUGAACCGGAAGGAAAGGGCAGCAUGUGGAACUCUGUGUAUUUGCCUUGCCCUUUCGGUCAUGAGCGCUGUGGCCUUGAUUUACCUCUCUGUGAUCAUUUACUUACCCGCCCAUCGAGAAAUGGAAUCAGGCUUUGGAGAAGUCAGCGUGAUGUGCACCACCAUUGAACGACGCGAGGUGGAGGGUGACAUUGAGGCGUGUCGUUGGACCUCGUGUAGCGAGUGGUGCCUCUCCAAAGGCGGGGCGGAUUGCACCCAUCUCUUUGUUAGCGUACGCUCCAAUGGGACGGAUGUCUUACUUCAGGGUUGCCAGGAGAAAUUUGACAAAUAUUGCGCCAGUCUGGAUAUCAACACCAUUGAGAAGCGGAACUGCAAAAAGGAUCACAAAUGCACGAGGCUAGACAAGAUGUUCCGAUGCGAAGAUGGAUUGUGUUGGAACAUAACCGAUGUUUAUUCAUGUACCUACAGAGAGGAAGAUGCCGAACCCCCAGUAAAUUGUGAGAGAAAACGGGAAUGUGUUGAGCUCUCCGGAAUGUACGACUGCAACGUGGGAGUUUGUCGAAGGAUCCAAAAUUGGACAUGUGAGCGUAGAUGCAUCGAUAUCCCUAUACAAGAUAAAAACGUCGUAUUUCGAGCUGGAGAUCACAUUGUCACGGCUCAUUGUGAACGGGCUUUGGAUGCGGGCACAAAAGAGCUUGUUUGGGAUUCCAAUUCAUACUCUGAGGAACUGCUACUCAUAGCCUCAUGUACAGCCAUGGAGCCGAGGAUAGAUGGGGAUUCAAUCAAGGCUUGGGAUUGCAUAAAUGGCACUAUCUUACCUAAGGCCCUUCUUGGGCCAAUGACAAACUAUACCGUUUUAACAUCCGAGUACCUAAAGUUGGGAUACUACAAUAAAUUGGACCGGAAUGGGGUAUUCCUACCCUUUGAGGAGGAUAUCAUGAUUCAUAAUCGAACUCGGCUCAAGAUCAAUUUUGAAGGUUGCGUGAAUACUCUAAAAGACGAAUGCAAGAGCUUCUAUCAAGAUUACGCCAAAGAUGGUCGAAACGAUACCUCUCCGUCUCGAUUUUCCUGCUAUUACGCUCCACACAAUUCCGAGUUCGUGGUCAAGCAAUUCGACUUGUCACGCACCAGAAACAUAUUCCUUCUUCUCUUCGUCAUCCCUUCAACACUCUUGGUAUUAUCAUGUGGCUCCUUACUGAUAUGUUCCCGAAUAUUGAUUAUCGACAAUGCGGGCCAUAUGACUUUCCGGUGUUGUUCAAAAUCCCCUGAGGACUUACAAUACGAAAUCAAAUCGAAUGACUUCUCGGAUCAAGACGAACCUCAAGAUUUAUGAACAUGCAUGCAAACAGGCAUCAAUUUCCUUGCCUCGAUAAAUUUGAUAUAACCCACUACAAAAAAACAAGUAGAAACAGGCAAAUAUACAAGCGAAUGAUGACAGUUUUUUUAACACAACGGCAAGCCCAUUUUCGAUGUUUAACGAAGCAAAAUGUGCCAGAGUAAAUUGAAAACACGCUCGAGGGCCAUUUUCAAUGUCCCAAGAGUCUUCUAUAUCAAAGGUACGAUCUGCCUUGAAUACUUCCAAUUCGUUCAGUAUUUGGGCUUUGUUAGCACGACAAAAUGUUU